AUGGGCUGGAGCUGCGGGACUCCUGUCGUCUCCACCGUCGCCAACCUCCAUUGUCUGCCCAGGAGAACCCCAACUUGGGGGCCGUGUUUCUCUGCCUCUGCUCGUCCUCUUCUUUCCCCUUCUUCAGAUUACCCUGCUCUCAGCUCCCCCUCUCAGCUGGCUCUCUCCCGCUGCGCCUACCUCCGCUUUGUCUUGAUCCCGGCUCCCCGCCGGAGCUCCCCCUGCUCCUCCCAGAGGGGCGGGAGGCACCUCCCAAAGGUCUCGGAGUACGUCUUCCCGGAUCCCAUCCCCGAGUUCGCAGAAGCUGUGGGUUCUCUCUCUCUCUCUCCACCUGGGUGUUCAUUUUUUCUUUUCUCUCAGUGAGAUGAUUCGCCUUUCUUCCUCGGGGCACUGUAGAAUGAUCGGCGUGCCGCAUCUGUUCUUGAUCGGGUUUUCCAUCUUGUAUCUCAGGAGACUGACAAGUUCAGGAAGCACAUGAUGGAACGGCUCUCCAAGAAGGACAUAUUCGGGAAUUCUUUGGAAGAAAUCGUCGGAAUCUGCUCGGGGGUCAGUUUGUCCUCUCUUUCACCAAGAACAUAAAUAUAUAUGCACUCUUGCUUUCAAGAUGGUGGAGAGGUACAUGUUCCAGCAUGCUUAAUGGUUCACUGCCUUCCCCAGCUGUGUACCUGUCUGAGCUUUGCACAGUUCUUUCCUAAAUUAGGUUUUUUUCAUAUUCAUAAACCUAACGAAAACUUUGUGAAUUGGGAUAAACAUGUGUUUCAUAUGUGACAUUUUCCUAUGUUUUGUGUAUAUUUUUCAUGAAUACUUUGAUCUCUCUUCUGGGGUAAGAAAUCGUACUUCCUUGUGAACUUGAUUCUGAGGAAGCACGUGAUCAUGCUGAACUAGUAUAUCCAGUACAAACGAUCCAUCCGCAUAAUCUUCCUAAAUCUUUCAAACAUAGAAAUAUAAAUAGCCCAGGGAGAAAUAGCUUUAGAAUGGUUUUCUAUUGGAGGUGCUCAUCAGCAGUAGUCUCUAUUUAUAAAAACUUGGGAGACUAGUCGCUGCCAAACAACACCCAAGUGAGAAUGGUCUCUGUUGCCAAACCCCACAUAAUUUCAACAUUUUUGACCUCUUCAUUGCUACAGAUAAUUGAAACAUUCAAAGCCAAACAGCACCCAUUUUGCAUGCUUUACUGUGUUUUGUGGUCAGUUUCAUGCGUGAUCGGCUUAAGAGUCCGUACUAAAAAAAUGGAAUUUGAUUUUGAUUAUGGAAUCAUUUAUGUUAUGAGCCAUUUUAGCUUGGAUUCUCACUUACCGUUUCCAGUGUAAAUCAUGGACAGAUUCUGAGUGAAUUCUUGCACACAGAGUACGGAGGCCCUGGGACCCUUUUAGUGAUCCCAUUCAUCGACAUGGCCGACACAAUCAAUGAAAGGGGCCUGCCCGGGGGCCCUCAAGCUGCCCGGGCCGCAGUUGUGUGGGCUCAAAAGUACGUUGACAACGACUGGAAGGAGUGGACAGGUGCUGCAACUACCAGGUAG